AUGGCCCCGGUCGCCCUUCGAGAUCUCGCGGAAAGCCCUGAGCUUCAGGGAACCGAGGUUGUCUCGAUGAAGGCUCGCUCAAUUCCUCCUCUCACUCCUCCGUCUCCUCCUUGCCUCGUUACGGACUACAUCAGACACCAAGUCGAGUCAAACCCUGAUGCUCCAGCUGUUCAAUGCGAGCAGGAGCAACCGUACAGCUAUGCCGCGCUGUGGCAGCUCGUCGAGCACAUUGCGGCAGCGGGUCAAUUCCGCUCUGGUCGUAUCAUCCCCCUGUGUAUGGAUCCGUCUGUCGAGUUUGUGGCUACCGUAUUGGCCAUCCUCUGGGCCGGAUCUGCCUAUGUCAUUCUUGAUCCGGAAGGCUCUGCACAGCGUAACCGCGUUAUUUCGGCGGACUGCGGUACCGAACCUGUCGUCGUCCACGAAAAGUAUGCGUCCCUUUUUGAUCACAGAGUCACCAUCGAGAGCAUCCAGUCCAUUCAGAACCACGGACAACUUGAUCCUCCUUCGAUUACUCCAUCCGACCUGGCAUACUUGAUCUAUACCUCUGGUUCAACUGGUACCCCCAAGGGAGUUCUCCUCAGCCAUCGUGCUGUCUCUCAUGGCAUCGACCAAUUCCAACUCAACGGCCGCAAGCGAUGGCUGCUCUUCUACAACCCCAUCUUCUCCGCAGCGCAACGGACCAUCUUGGCCACCCUGUCCAAGGGCGCCUGUCUUUGCCUCACCAGGCGAGACCGGCUCGCAACUGCUUUGCCCGAGGUGUUGAACAACCUUCAGAUCGAUGCCCUGGGUAUCACUCCCUCAGCCCUCGCCUUGCUAUCUCCCGAUGAGACACCAGCUUGCUUACAACAGAUUACCACUGUCGGCGAGCCACUCAGCCAGUCCCUUGUCAACAGAUGGGCAGACAGAGUCCACCUGCGCGUCUCAUAUGGACUUAGCGAAUGUGCCCAGCUGAACUUCUCCCGUCAACUCCAGCCAGGUGAUAACCCCCGCAAUCCUGGCCUCCCGUCUGACACAACCACCGCGAUCGUCCUGGAGCCCGGCACCAUGACUCGUCUUUCUGCCAACGAACCCGGUGAGCUCUGUCUGUAUGGUCCUCAGGUUGCCAGUGGCUACCACCAACGACAGAAGGAAACCCAAGCUGCCUUUGUCAAGGCACCGGAGGGUGGCCCCGGCACGAUGAUGUUCCGCACUGGCGAUUUGGCCGUCCAGCGCGAGGAUGGAACGUUUGAAAUUCUGGGUCGAAUCGAUCACCAAGUCAAAAUCCACGGUCAGAGAGUGGAGCCUGAGGAAGUGGCAGCCAAGCUAGCGACGGUGAAGGGCGUAGCCAGCUUGGUGUGUGUGGGAUGCUACAUCAACGAGCGCAUGUCGCUUGUUGCUGCUGUCAUCCCUUCACCCGAGACUGACUGGGGCACGCUCGUGCAGGACCUGCGCAACCAUGCUCGCCAGUCUUUCCCGCCCUACAUGGUUCCCAGUUAUUGGCUGUCAUGCGACGAGUUCCCUGUCAACCAGAAUGGAAAAGUGGAUUUCCGGGCUAUUCGUCGACUUGCUGAAAGUACUGAGGUCAGCAAGAUGUUGGGCCACAGCACUUCACCCAAAGACGGUGCUACGGCUGGCUUGAGCGAGACUGCCUCAAAGAUCGCGCAGGUUUGGGCAGAAGUGUUGAAUCUGCCCGCGUCCUCUAUCACGCCCAAUGAUUCCCUAGUGGCAUUGGGAGGAACCUCCAUUGACGCAAUCCGCGCUAUUCGAGAACUCAAGGAACGCGGAAUUCACGUCGAGUUGGCGGAUAUGCUUCAGGCGCAGACGAUCGAGGAACUUGCGGAUACUGUCCAACUAGACUCGUCUCCAACACAUGUUAGCAACGAGCCAGCCGCGCCUUUCGACUACAUCUCUGAUCCAGCGCUCAAAGCAGACUUCCUUGCCGACCGUCGUGUUGUCGAUGCUUAUCCUGUCACCGCACUGCAAGAAGGCAUCCUGGCUAGCACGCUGCAAGGCAGCCAGGACUAUCUCUACCAACGCGUUUUCGACGUUCGCCAUCUCGACCUUGUACGACUCCAGCUGGCAUUCCAGGUCGUCUUCUGGCGCACCGAACUGCUCAAAUCCACCUUCAUCACCGCAGCCAAGGGCUUCGUUCAGGUCGUCCGAAACGACUUCAACCUACCUUGGUCGGAAGUUUCCAUGAGUCUGCCCGACUACCUCGAUCAGGACAAAAACAGAGGUGUCACACUAGGCGAGCCAUUCAUGCGUGUGGCCGUCCUUGAUGGAAGCAUUCUCGUUGUCUCGGUUCACCAUGCGCUAUUCGACUUCUGGUCUCACAGAUUCCUUUUCGACGAUAUCGCUCGCGUGUACUACGGCCGUCGUCCUGAAAAGCGCCCCGAGUGGAAGUCUUUCGUGGCCCUUCUGCACGCACGAGACACAAAGGCAUCCCAGGACUUCUGGAGAGAACAUCUCGCUGAGGCCGUGCCAACAAUUCUCAAUUACGCUCCUGUGACGAAGACAUCCACAGCCAGGCGCACUGUCAGCCAGCAGGUCAAGGCCGCGUCAUCGGCAUUGCGUGCUCCUCUAGGUGCAAUUAUCCAUGCGGCCUGGGCUCUCGUGCUCUCCUCCCACAUCGCCUCAAAGUCUGUCACGAUGGCAACGGCUGUUUCCGGUCGCGAGCUGCCUGUUCCAGGGAUUGAGGCCCUGAACGGACCCACGCUGGCUGUCGUCCCCUAUGCCAUCGCGCUUGAUCCUGAGCAGACGCUUCAGCAGCUGGUGCAGUCGGUCAACACCAGUCUCUGGAAAGUCAUCAAGCACUCCCAGGUCGGAGUGCGGAAUGCGCUGGCCGCUGCUGAGCGCCAGGGCACUACUCUCUUCGACACCAUGGUCAAUAUUCUCGUCAGCGACAAGGCAAAUGAUGACAUUUCUAAGGAGGUGUUCCAGCUCUACGGUCGGCGACCAGUAUGGAGGACCGAGUACACGACACUGAAUGUUGAGGAUGGCGCUACAGGUAUCGACAUCACGCUCACAUCGCCCAUGGAAGAGCGUCGUUUGGAGUUCAUUCUCAGCCAGUUCUGCAUGGCACUGAAUCUCAUUACAUCAAAUCCUCGACAGACAGUCAAGGCCACGAACCUGGUCAGCGAGAAGGAGCUUCAAUUCAUGCUCCAGCCACACAAGGAUUUGCCUGAUGCCACCCGCACGUUGCAUGGCCAGUUCGAAGCCACCGUCCGCACAUACCCCGACCGGAUGGCCAUCAACUACCAGAACGAGCAGUCCCUUACAUACACCGAGUUGGAUACCGAGGCGAAUCGCAUGGCACACUAUCUCUCCGAGCGCGGGGUGGUGCCGGGUGACAUCGUCCCUCUUCUCCUGGAGAAGUCGCCAUUGAUGAUCAAGGCCAUUCUCGCCUUGUUCAAGCUCGGUGCUGCUUAUGUGCCGUUGAGCCCUGAGAAUCCCUUGGAAAGAAACGCGUACAUCGCUCGCGACAUCAGCGCCAAGUUUGUCCUCACGGAGAAGGAACAUGAAUCCUAUUUUGCCUCGGAAAGUGAUAUCCCUAGCAUCCUCCUGGAUCAGGCCGACCUUUCGGCCUAUGGCCCCGAGCCACAGCAAAUCACCGUCUCUCCGGAUUCCCUGGCCUAUCUCCUCUACACCUCGGGAAGUACCGGUCUUCCCAAGGGUGUCAUGGUGACACAUGGCGCUUGUGCAGCAGCCAUGCAAUCAAUCAUCGAGUUCGAGCAUCGCCAGGGCCAGGAGUCCAGGAUGCUGCAGUUCUCCAACUAUGUCUUUGACGUUUCUCUGUACGACUUCUUUGUAGCACUGCACAGCGGCGGCACUCUGUGCAUUGCACCCUCGGAGCGCCUGUUGAACAACCUGGCAGAGGUUAUCAACGAAAUGAACGUCAACCAUGUAUUCCUCACUCCGACCGUGGCUCGACUGCUAAAUCCCAAGGACGUCCCCAACCUGGAGUCCAUGACUGUCGGCGGUGAGCAGCUGACUCGUGACGUAGUGACAACAUGGGCAUCGCAAGUGAGACUUCGCAAUGGUUAUGGACCUACCGAGGCCUCCGUCCUGGUGACGAUGAAGGAUGUUGAUGCUGACACGAUUGGAGGUAAUAUCGGCAGGCCCCUAGCGUCUGUGGGCGCCAUUGUCCUCGAAGCAGAUGGAGUCCGUCCAGUCCCUUACGGCGCUGUUGGAGAACUGUGCUUCUUUGGGCCACAGCUUGCGCAAGGGUAUUUCAAGAAGCCUGACAUUACCAAUGCCGCCUUCAUCGAGAGUGAAGUGCUUAACGGCCAACGCCUAUACCGCAGUGGUGACUUGGCUCGUUAUCUUCCCAACGGAGACAUUGAGUGCUUGGGCCGCAAAGACGACCAGGUCAAGAUCAACGGUCAUCGUAUCGAGCUGGGAGAGAUAGAACAGGCCUUCCUUCGGACUGGUGAGGUCAAGGACUGUGUGCUGACCGUCUGGAAGCAGAACAGCACUGCCCAUCUUGUUGCGGUCGCCGUUUUCGAUGGUGCUGCUUCUGAGAAACCAGGCGAGAUUCUUCCACUGGAUGGUUUUGCUGAGAACGUGCAGCUUGUCCGAGCUAAGCUCACUGGCCUUACUCCAUACAUGAUUCCUAAGGCAAUUGUCCCUCUGUCGUCGCUCCCAAGGCUUCCCUCCGGCAAGGCCAACCGCAAGCAGCUCAAGGCGAUGGUGCAGUCCCUGAGUCAGGGCGAACUGACAAAGUUCUCAUUCGACAAGAUUGGCACUGCCCAGGCGAAGGGUGCGGUUAUCCCUCUGGUGUGUGAGACACAAAAAGUACUGCAACAAGGAUGGAUCGAAACACUGCAGCUUUCCGACGAUGAAUUUGGUUUGGAAGCCGACUUCCUCAGCCUCGGCGGCGAUUCCAUUGCUGCCAUCAAUCUCGUGAGCUGGCUCAGACGCAAGCAACUCAAGAUCUCCGUGCGAGAUGUGCUCAAAUACACAGGUCUUGGGGCAAUGGCCGACCAGCUAAAGGGCGAGUCGGACGACGCACAACAGAUUCAACAGAAGACUUUCACUCCUCCCUCGGAGGUUGAUGCUGCUAUCUCUGCCGCUGGUCUGCAGGCGACUCAGUAUGAGUACAUCUAUCCUUGCCCUCCAGGACAGGCUGAGUUCCUGACCCAGGGUGCUCAUCCCGAGGCGUUGUGGAGUUUGAUGACAGUCCGGAAGGUCGGCAAUGACUUUGAACCAAGACAGUGGAUUGAUCUGGUUCGACAGCUGACAACGACAAACGAGAUUCUACGCACGACCUUUACUCGCUGUCACGGAAUAUGGUAUGGUGUUGUUCUCCGCGACGCAACUCCCGUGGUCGAGGUCUAUGAAGAUGUCAGCGACGAGCAGAGACAACAAAUUAUUAAGACUCUUGACGACCACCGUUUUGUUUUUGGCAAGCCCUUCAUUCGCUACGCCAUUCUCCGUUUGUCGACGGGCGAGACCGAAAUUGUCACCAAGCUCGACCAUGGCCUGUAUGACGGAACGCUUCUGCGCAUCUUCGGCGAGCACUUUGAGGCUUACCAAGACAAUGUGCCGCUGGAACGCUUCACUCCAUUCAAAGACUUUGCAUUCCACAUCUGGCAGAUGGACAAGUCCCGCACGCUGUCGUUCUGGAAGCAAUCCGAGAAGCGCCCUAUUGCCUUCGCGUUCCCCAGCGCCAAUGCCAGCGAACCACGCAUCAACUCUGUGCAUGUCCACACCAUCAACCUAGAGUUUGACGCAUUUGCCAAGUCCACCGGUGCCACUGUCUCUAUCAUCUUCCAGUCCAUCUUCCAGCUCUGGCUGGCUCUGCGCAGCAACCAACGCGACGUCGCCUUUGACUACCUCUACACAGGUCGCAACAUUGAUCUUCCUGACCCGCAAACCAUCAACGGCACCUGUGCAAACUUCCUUCCUAUGCGGUCGAAAGUCGAUCCGUCAAUGCCUGUGUCGGAAUUCCUUCGCCAGACCCAGGAUGAAUUCUGGCAGUACACCGAAAACAGUACGGUCGGUAUGGACGAGAUCCAUGAAGCCUGUGAAACGACGCGCGAGGGAUUCUCGAACAAGACUCUCUUCCUCUUCCAGCCAUUUGAACCGGCCCCCGCGGCAGCGAAGCAGUACCAGAAGUGGAUUGUGAUGGCCAAGUCCCAGGUGACGAUGCCGCAGCCAUAUGCGGUGGUCUUUGAGGUUGUCAAGACAGCGGAUGUGAAUGAGUAUAAGCUCAAGUUUGCCUUUGACAAACGUAUUUAUGAGAAGGAGCAAGUACAGGAGGAGACACAGGUGAUUGGGAAGUUGUUGGCUAAGGUCAUGGAGAACGCCGAGGCGUCUGUGGGUGAUGUUCUGGCAUCGUUUCGUUCUUGA